CCUACGAGUAGUUCCGUGCACAGUGUCCUCUAGGAUCGUUCAUAAAACUCUAUAAAUAAAUUACAUAUUUUAGUUGCUGACAGCAAAGACAAAUUUGUUAUCAUCAGCCGAUAAGGUAGAUGAUUAUCAUUAACGUCAAUUACCUAUCGAGUAACUUUGUUCCGCAAUCAUCCACUAGAUCCCCAUCUGAAAUGGGUUCUUGAAAAAAAAUUUGAAAAUAUAAAACUCACUUUCGAAAAUUAACAAAACUUUCGCAUAAUCGACUAUCCUUAUCUAUCUAAUCUUUCGAACCAAUGACCUGUCUCAAGACAGUGAUUGAAAUAGUUUGGCUUAAUCAAAAGUGCAUAAUUUCCCCGCAGCCUUACUCAUUUCCUGCAUAUAAUAUCAUGUGACACGCAAAACGUCGGUAAUGACACACUUUCUCAUCAAACUAAUAACUGCUCGUUUCCACAUGAUAAAUCGUACUAUGUUUACAUCUAAGAAACCCAGUGCUCGCGGGUCAGGAAAGUCUUGCAUAAAAGGAACAAACUUUCUCUCAUUCGCUCAGCUUAGGUCCCCACAAUGUUCCGGCAAAUGAUACAUAGUGUCUUCCCGCGACUCCUAAUCCAGGACGUUUCGUUAGACAGGCAAGAAAGUGAUAUAUUCCGUCUCAUGACAAUAGGCAGUUUCGAAUUUUCAACAAUCAUUCGACUCUACGCGAGAUGCUUAAGAAACGUCGCAUUCUUUUUUCAAGUUCUUCUUGCCUGCAUGAUACAGACAGUCUACCGACCCACAUAGGUCCCUUUAAGAUCCUUUCACCUAAAACGAAGCCAGCGCGCAGUAUUCUACAUAGAGGAAACGGUAUCAAUGACUUCUUUCUUCUUUCAAUAACACAAAUUUAAUUACCCACGUAUUAUAAUUUUAUGAUCUAACUUUCUUUCUCGUAAUCGCAUCUGCUCUGUUGUGAAUCCUUGAACCGAUAGAAAAGGCAAAUUACAGUCGCGCGAUAUGUCUACUUUAUGCUUCGCUGCAACCAUAUAGAAUUCCAGAUUUAUUAGAUAGCUAUAUACACGGCAUUUGCAAUAAGCGACUGUCGACUGGUAAAUUGUGGCGGCAUUUCUUCAUUGAAUUUAAGUAUUUUAUUUCUCCUCGCGUCGGUGUGCUUGAGAAAUUGCUGUGUCCAACGCGUGAUGUCUCUCCGUGUGGGUUAUUCGUGUCCAUAAGAAUUAAUGGACGCAUUGCAAGUGCCUUGAAAUAUCCGGAAAAUAUGAUAGCGAUACCUGCACCGCAUAAUUACGUAAUGGAAACUAAAUAAUGCGUCGUGAAAUCUUAAAAUCCGUUGCACAACUUUUUACGGUGUACGUUGAAGUCAGACGAGACGACGACUCAAUAUACGGGAAUUGUACCGAGGGAAGUUAAGAAGUUUGAAUAAUUUUUUUCGGUUAAAAUUCCAUCACGUAAUACGAGGACAAAAAGUGUUUGCGUAAGAUGAAGGGAAAUGAGAAAAAAAAUGCAAAAUUUCAUACUUGAAAAUCCUACAUCAGUCUCUUUCGUAAGAGCCUACUUACCGAGGACUCGGUUGAAGUUUUAAUGACUUCGACGUGCUUUGUUUACAAGAAUCUGAAUUUCAUGUAGUACAGUAUUUACCUUGUCCGCGACGUCCUAGAGUUUAUGGGAUUCUUCAGCGCUUAUGGGAAAAACAAGAAGCUGGUACACGUUAUCAAUUUACUUAGGAUAAUUCCAUUAGGCAAUUCGUCUUGAGUAAUAUUUUUCUUUCUUUUCUUCGACUCGUUAUAUAAAUAUGAAAGGGUUGUAAUAUCUUGUAGAAAAAAAUUAUAUAUGUAAUAUUAUACAAUAUAGCUACUCGUAUGUCAUUUUACUAUAGUAUCGUUUUAUGGAUAUACUGUGGUCGGAGUAUAGCGUCUUAUGGUACGCGAUUUGGUACGGCUGCAUCAGAAAGCAAACUACAGUCGACAUUCGGCAUCCGUCACGACGGUCACGUAGUCGUUAUUAGCAUCUUCAGGUAUCUUAGAGUUCUUCGACUCCUCCGACUCGUCAUAUCGAACUGUGGGUGUUAUCGGUAAUUUUUUUUUUUCGUAUCCGACCGUGAUUUUCAAAUGUUGAAAUUAUAAUUGUUUUGUCGGAAUACCGUUAUUUCUUUUGUGUAUAAAUAAAUACAUAUUCUUUAAUCAGUGCACUGAGAGAAAAAGUCGAUAUGAAUUUUAAAGAAUUUGUAAACGUGGUUUAUGACUUUUUACUAUUUGUCGGUAUGGCAAUAGUGUAUAUAAGCGAGUCUGUAAUUUUGAGUCUGAUACCGCGAAAAUUACGAUCGAAAAGUGUCGAAAAGGAAGUAGCAUUGAUAACGGGUGGAGCCGGAGGAAUUGGCAGAUUGAUUGCCAAAAAGCUUGCAAAUCUCGGAGCCCACGUAGUCCUGUGGGAUAUUAACGAGGCUGGUCUGACGGAAACUGUACGUGAAAUUCGUGAAUCCGGCGGAAAGUGUUGGGGAUACAGAUGCGACUUAACCAACAAGGAGGACAUUUACGAGGUAGCAAAAGCCGUGAAGAUUGAAGUGGGGAAUGUUACACUAUUGAUCAACAACGCUGGUUACGUAUGUGGAAGAACACUAAUGGAUCUGCCGGAUAAAGAAAUUGAAAAAACAUUCAAAGUCAAUAUCCUGUCGCACUAUUGGACUACCAAAUCCUUUCUGGGCGACAUGAAGAAGGAAAAUCAUGGCCACAUUGUAACUGUCGCUAGUGUCGCCGGCCUCUUGGGAACUUACAACUGCACGGAUUAUUCGGCAACGAAAUUUGCCGCCAUUGGAUAUCACGAGAGCCUCUUCACGGAGCUGAAGACUCACGGUUUCUUUGGAAUUAAUUUGACGCUUGUUUGUCCCUACUUUAUUAACACGGGAAUGUUCAAUGGCGUGAAACCAAGGUUACUACCCAUGCUUGAGCCUGAAUACGUGGCAGAGGAAAUUGUUGCUGGAAUCUUGACUAAUCAAAUAAACGUCACUCUACCUGGCAGCGUGAGAUUUCUUCUUCCGUUGAAAUGUUUACUCCCAGCAAAAAUGUGCUGGGCUCUUAUGUACCAUAUACUUCAAGGACCACAGUCUAUGAUGAUGUUCAAGGGCCGAGAAGAGUAAAGUCAUCAGAAAUUGAAGAAACUACAUUGAAAGUCGAUUGAGCAAUACUGUUACAACUUUAAAGAUGUAGAAAAUUCAUAGAUAGCAAUAUUUUAUUUAAGUAGUGCAUUGUACUGUAAUUUUUUACACCGUAUAUUAAGGUAGUUAUUAAGGAUAGACAUUUUGAAAGCGUGCCAAUGUACAAUAUCAAAUUCUUUUAUUUUAGUAUAAGACUGGAUCAAAACUGCACGUGCGUUUCAGUAUUCUGAUAUGAAUACCCUAACUCAGUAUUAUAUGUAUAAACAUUUCUGUUACAUCUACGUAAUUGAUAUAUCAUAGAUAAAACUUCAAUUUAAAUUGUAAAAUAUGGAAAGUAAAUUACGCUCAAAUUGAAAUAUUAAUAAAUUAAGUAUUUGGAAUAAAUAAUUCAUUAAAUCCAUAAAGUUAGAUAUUAUGACUUAAACUUCUGAAAUCCCGGCCAACAAUAUUUAAAAGUACUGAAAGUUGCUCAAAAUUGUGUGCGGCGAGUGGGAGUAGCCGGGGAGUGGGGGGAGCGCUCGAGGCAACGCCCAAACUCGGAGCGCUCAUUCUUCCUCUUGGAAUCAUCUCUCUUAUCCAUUUCCAAGCUU